UAUUUCACUUAGACUUCUUUGUUUAAACUGAUUGAAACCUUACAUAGUUGAAUAGUUAUCAUUUGACACUCACUUUUAUUCCUAAUCAGUUAACUUCAAUGUUUAUUUUUUUUUAAUAUUUUUAUUUAUUAUAGCCUACAGGUAUUUUUUAAACCAACAGUUAGUUAAAAACGUUAUAUUUAUAAUAAUUAAAUAAACUUGCCAACAAAAAUAGUGAUAAUAAUUAACUAUGAAGAGAUUAUCUGCCAAAUUAGUAUUCAUGGGCUCUCAGGGAGUAGGUAAAUCAAGUAUAAUCACAAGAUACAUAAAAGGUGAUUUCCAAAAAGAAUGUGAAGCAACUAUUGGUGCUUCAUUUAUGUAUGCUAAAGUUACAUUACGAGACUAUCAAAUUACUUUGAAAGUUUGGGAUACAGCUGGACAAGAACGGUUUCGUAGUUUAGUUCCAAUGUAUUACAGAAAUUCAGACGCAGUCGCUAUUGUUUUUGAUGUAUCAGACCGAGACUCGUUCAAUCAAGUUAAAAAUUGGAUUAAUGAAGUAAGAAAAAAUACCGACACACCUGUAGUUUAUUAUGUUGUUGGGAACAAAACUGAUCUAUUAGAUUCACGGACAAUAAUGUAUGAAGAAGCUGAAGAAUUCGCUAAUUCAGUAAAUGCUCAUUACUGGGAAACUAGUGUUUACUCAAAUACAGGUAUUCAAGACUUAUUCACAAAAAUUGGUCGUAACCUUAUAGAAAUAGUAGAAAGUUCUAAACCACCUGUGAAUUUAAAACUUGAAAUUGAUCCAGAGGAAGUUUCUAACAAUGAUAGGAUAAAUAAUUCUAAGAUACAAUGUUGUACUAAUUAAUAAUAUAAUUUAAUUUGUUAAACAAUCUCCUUUCACAUAAUCAAAUAUUUGAAAUUAGACAGUGUACAGGACUUUAUGCAAUGCAUAUAAUAUGCAUUAUGUAUUUAACAUUAACCUGAGUAAUUAUUAGAACACUAAAAGUAAAAAAGAAAUUCAUACUUUUUGAAAUAAUCAGCUAUUGCCAUCAACACUCUUUAUUUAUUUAUUAUAUUAUCGUUUAUUAUUGCGUAACUAAGUACUACUCACUAGGUUUUAAUAUUUAUUUAUU